AUGAAUAAUAGCUAUCAGUAUUACAUGACGGACCAGAAGGCUAAUACGCAGCAGUUUCAAUCCAAUGCACCACCCAUGCAGAAUUUGACUAAAAAUAAUGAUAUGGAUCCUAGUAAACAAAAGAGAACGAGGGCAAGAGGUGAGGCUUUGGAUGUGCUAAAGGCUGAAUUUUUAAAGAACACUAAUCCUUCUUCAAAGAGAAGGAAAGUCUUAUCUGAAGUGACAGGAUUAUCUGAAAAAAAAAUUAGAAUAUGGUUUCAAAACAGAAGGGCAAAGAUGAGAAAGACUGACAAGUCUAAUUUGAAUACAGGCCAUGAUUCGGCUUCAGGCGAUCAGAAUAGUAUCAUUGGUAAUAAGAAAAAUAGUACUAGUCCUAUUUUUCUUGCGUUCGAUACAAUUCCACUAACGUCAAAUAACAAUUAUUAUUUCAUAGAUGUUUGCUCAAUCACGGUAGGGAGUUGGAAUAGAAUGAAGAGUGGUUCUUUAAAGAGUAAAAACCCAAAUGAACUGAUCCUCUCCUCCGUUUCAAAUUUAACUAAUUUAUCCCCAAUUUCGAUUAAUAAUCUUAUGUUGGAUAAGACAGAUUUAAUUGCACUAAUCUCCAAAAAAAAUUAUGAAAUAAAUUAUUUUUUCAGUGCUAUUGCAAAUAAUACAAAGAUUCUAUUUAGGAUUUUCUAUCCAAUAAAUACAAUUACAAAUUGCUCGUUAGUAUUAGAGACUGAUGAUAUAAUUUCAAAUCAAAAAUCUACAAAAACAAAUAAAGAUGAUUUAAAACUAGGUGAGUUGAAGAUAUCACUAUCGAGAUCCCCAAAUUUCGCAGUAUUUUUCCUUGAACAAUCAAACUCUGAUAAUUUGAAUGCAAAUCAAUGGUCCAUUUGUGAAGAUUUCUCAGAAGGUAGGCAAGUCAGCGAUGCAUUCAUCGGUGGUUCAAAUAUACCACAUGUAUUGAAAGGUUUACAGGAUUCAUUAAGGUUCAUAAAUUCGUUGAUUCUAGAUUAUAAUUGCACAAACGUGAAUGUUAAUCAACAGCCAACCCUCAACUCAUUUCCAAAUCAGCAGCAGCAUCUCCUCUACCCACAACCACAACAGCAGCAGCAGCAGAAGCAAUAUAUACAACAACCUCUUGUUUCAAGAAGUCCGAUGCAAUUAAAUGGAUACAACCAACCACAGUUACAACAACAGUAUCAACCAAGCUAUUUAAAUCCAAGAAAUCAAAAUUUCUUCUUUGACAAUAAUGAUACAUCGAGUAUGUUAACUAAUAAUGUUCAAGAAUUAAACAAUUAUCAAACAAUGAUGGAUCCAAAUAUCGGCAUAAGUGAUUUAAGUGAAAAUCAAUUAAACAUGAAUUUACAACAGACACAACCAGUACAGACACAGACACAACAACAACAACAACAACAACAACAAUAUGAUUUUGCUAAUCCAAUUCCUAUUGUUGCUACUGCUGCUACAAACACCACUACCGCUACCACCGCUGCUGUUAAUAAUACCAACAACAAUACUAAGAACAACAACAAUACUAGCAAUAAUAACAUGCUAAUGAAUACCCCUGAAUAUUUCAGAACAACAUCAGAUAUGCAUAUGAAUAUAAACUAUAAUAAUAAUUCAAAUAGCCAUGACAAUAAUGUAAUUAAUAGGUGGUUAUAA